CUUCGAGUGCAGAGACAACAGCAGCGCUACUAUGGGGAGCACCGUUCCUUGUCGCCAAGGUCAGAGGGCGUCCCGGAUGAAAUGUUUGAGUUUGACAGUGCGCUUUCCCUGUCUCCAAGAGGUUGUAGAGGAAAUUCACACGAUGAGAAGAUACGCAAGAUGAAAGAUCAGAUGGCGCCGCUUCUCGACAUUUACAAGGGAAAGGAGGUACAACUAGUAGUACAACUCUACUCACAUUUUGUCCUUCUUCAUCCUGUAGGUAGUGCGUAAUAUGUUGUAGUUGUACUUGUUAUUCCACAAAAUGUAGCUACAAGUACAAGUGCUUUUUCUACGAAGGAUUCUGACCGAAUUCUUCGACUAUGUAUUGGUCUUCAUUGAGCGUUGCAUCAACUUUUUAAUAGUCCUCGUCUUUAUUUACAAUCAAGUACUCGACCAUCGAGAUCGACUUUUCUAUCACGACAGCGUCCUUUUGGUACAAGCCGCGUGAUGCAGGUGCUACAGGGUAUGAAGCAGGACUACUUGGAUCAUACACCGCGAGAGGUGUUAGUCCAGCAGAAAACCGACACAGAGCACGGCGAUUGGCAUUCUGGGGUAAAGCGCUUCAGCGCUCUUACGGUUGAUAUUGAAACUUUCAUCGCUCAUCGCGAAAAAGCGCUCUACCAUCGUUUGCAAAAACAGAACGGAAAAUUGAAGCAAGUACAGGGAAAGAUGUCGCAGGAGAUGGUGAGAGCAACAUCUCCGAAGUCGAAAGCGGAAAAGAACCCUCUUCUAGCUCUAGCUGAUGUAGUUGACGCCAGAGAUGACAGUGUGGGUGAAGUCGGGGAGGAGGAUGAGCCAAUGGCUGUCGCAGAUACAGUGGGGAGCAAUGUACCCGAUGAUGAUGAAUUGGACGCCGAAGAUAAUGAUGACGCUGAGCAAGAUGAACAGGAAUUAUCUUCAUCUUCUGUAGGUGAUGAAAUUAUGGAGAUGGAGGCCUUGGAUUUGGAGCCGAGGAAAGCGGCAGCACUUAAACGUCACCAAAUAAGUGGUGGUUUCAGGAAAGGAGAGGGUGAAGCCGUGCCGCGAGCUAGUUGUAGACAACUGAGGAGCUCUAGGACUUCUUUUGAGUCCUCUUCUCGUGCGUCUUUACAGGCUCGGCCGGCGUUUUCAGCGGCCACGACCUCCGCCUUCCACCAACACGCUGGCGGAGAUGGUCGGGGCAACGCUGCAAACGUCGCCAGGACGAGUGUCGGUCACAAUCGCAAGCUACCAUCUUCGUUUUCCGAAGAGCAAAAGGCUGUGGCGAUCGCGAACACGAACCACAGUUACUCGUUGAUGAAAGAGCCCGUGUUGCAGUCGGGAAACCGUGCAGCUGCGCGUCGCAAUUCACGUGCAAGUCAAACAAAACGCUUCUACGACGCGGACCUGCAAACAAAGGUCACCGGGCCGGCGCUGAGUCCCCUCUUGCGUGAGAAUGAGGGUGUCGAAGCACGCAUGCACGAUAUCAUCUCGAUAGAUCGCGCAGCGCAGCAAUCACAGGCAAAAGUUCAGACCUACACACCGAAGACCCAGGGCAGAGCAUCGCGCUCCUCAAGAGUAAGCACCACAUCAAAAGUGAAGCCCACCCGCGAUUGCAUGUUACACGGUACUGCGCGCUCCUCCAUAGGUAGCUUUGCGCCGGCUUUGGACGUCACUAGGCACAGUAAGACAGAAGAGACGCUAGAGGAACGACGUCACCGCUUGUACAUUUUACACCAUGGCGGUGGGCCGAUUGCUAAACCUUCAUCUCCUAGAAAAAGUACGGAGAACAAGACGUCGAACGCAUCAUCUACUCAGGAACCUCCUGAUUCCAAGAAUCUAUCGACUGAUGAAAAAGCUGGAGAAGCUGAGGCCUCCUCAGAUGCUUUUUUGUCUGCAAUCCAAGCACGAGCGGACGCAACAAGUCCAAUGUUCAUGGUGCAACCGAUUCAGUUGUUGCCCUCAGGCGCCGACGAUCCUCUAAGCAAAUCAAACCUUCUGGGAUCAUUCGCCACCAGUAGUAGUAAGCGAUCAAAGGACGCUGCUGGAUCGCGAUCGCUGUCUCCCGUCCCAGACGAAGGCAUGCCGCUCCAAGACUCGUCGACAAUCGUUCUCCGUACUCUUGCUUUCUCCUCUUCCACCAUGGGUGCGGAGCAGAUCGGCAGCGCGACUAUGCAAGCUUCUACAGAUGAACAGUUUACUACAACUAGCGGAGAGAAACAAGCGCAACCAACAGGAGAGACUCCAGGAGGACACAACUCCAGGACCGACCGAUUUGAUCGGAGUGAGCGGCGCCAUUUUCGCUCUUCGGGGAACAACACUGCAACAUCAGAGCAACGUAGCUCACAGAGAACCUCGCAGAGUUCUACAUUGGUCGCUAAGAUUCGGCAACGAAAGAGUGAAGAAAUGAACAAGAAUGUUGAUCCAAGAACGUCUGGAGAUUUAGACGAGGAAGCGUAUCCUCACGCCCAAAAUUUCGGGAGACCGCAUCCGUCACAUCUGUAUCAUACAGCGCCUAAGAAGUCCUCCAAUCUUGGCCAACGACUACUCUCAUCUGUAAGCAGCGCAGCCACUGCAGAUCUCAGAACUUCAGGUCAACAAAAUCUGGAUGUAGACGAGCAGGAAGAUGCUGAUGUUGCAAAUAACAUAAAAAGUGCUGGAGAGGGCAACGCAAUUGUGCCAACCAAAAGCAGGAAAAUAUCAGCCUCCUCAACACAGGAGGACAAGGACAAAAACUCAGCAGAUUCUUCAGGACAUCAUGCUGGACUUGUAAGAUUUGGAUCAAAAGUUCAUAGUGAGGAAAAGCCUACAUCAGUUGGCAUGACACUGAAUAAAAGUGGACGACUGGUGGAGAUCGGUGGGGGUGGUCCUAGUAGUCCUCCUUCUCUGUCUUCUCUUGGUGGAGCAGUUGGUGCCCUUUCCGCUGGUGCAAUCUUUUCGUCUAUGCUAAACAACAGAGACAGUGCAGUUCAGAACUCCUUCUCUUCUACUUCGGACACUGGGAAUGGAGGCACUUCCCCUUCCCCACGGGUGUCGCUCCUAGGACCAAGCCGGUCGCUCAAUCUAACUGGCAUGCCAACAGUUGUGGCGCCUUCGCUCGAAAGUGCUCUACUGUGUGUUGUAGAAGGAGUUGCUGCGAGUGGUGCAACCACCACCAGUACAGCUAGCGGCGUGCCAGAACCAACCGAGGACCCACCUGCGACUACACUCGUCGCAACAUCUUCUGGUGCUCAAGAAAGAACGCAAGAUACAAUAUGCAGCAAUUAUGUUGAAACGAGUAAAGAACAGGGAAAAGAUAAAGAACCUAGUGGUACAGUUACAUAUUCGGUGGAGCAAGCUGCAGCACCUCCAUCUGCAGUCGUGAAGUUUGAUACAACUGCAGCGAGAAGCCCACGUGAAUAUGUGCAAGCUAAACCAGGGGUGGAACAGCCUCAGCAGAAAAUAUCAACGACGCAAAAACGAGGAAAAAGCACUGUCAAGGACGUCGAAAGGAAAAGCGUAAGUAGGAAAGCGACGACUUCCACUGCGACGAACAUGAACCCUGCUGCGCAAGAAUUUAAUCCCGCGAAACGCUCAACAUGAAAAGAAAACACGAGAUAGAUUCCGAUUCAUGGUUAUAAUUGGUCGUAAUAAUCUACAACUGAAACUGAUGAAUACUUCUCUUUUUUUCUCCGAAAAUUUAGCAUGUACAGACUCACACUCAUAUGAUCCACAUCGAUCCACAUCAUACGCAUAAAUACUGAACAUUCAACAUUGUUGUAGCACUUGGUAAAAGAAUUGUACAAGUAGGUCCAGCGGCGCUCAAAGCACUAAAUAAAACAACUGGUUCGCUUUUACCUCUAGCGUGUAGCCCUUCCAACAAUACAAGCACACAAUAACAUAGUACAUACGGAAGGAAAGAGCAGCAGACCUGGUUAGCACUUUUUUUAUGGCGAGAACUGUUCUUGGGAACAAACAUUCAUAUUCAACUGCUACUGUAAUGCGCUUGUUUGCAGUUAUCGAUUUGCAUGAUGCGCAAUGCUAUAAAGGAGGAG